AGAGGUCAACCGGCAGCUAUUUUCCACCCAAUCUUAGGCUGUAUUUUUCAAGUCUGGGAGAGUCGAUCCGUGGCCUCCGUGGAGGGAGGUGCAAAAGUGACCCUCACGAACCACAAUCUCUCCACCUCCAUUGCUCCUACUUUCCCUCCUUCUCUCUCGCUCCUUAGCAAAUUUAUUUAUAUUCGGAUCACCACAUGACCAUUUCCAAACUUUGUUUAGAGAGUUUAGACUGCCCCAAGCAACGGUAUUCUCUGUCUUCCCCCGAUACUCCAACCAACGGAAGAUACUACCAUUAACCCCACACACAACUCGAAGAACGAAAACCAGUUUUCCUUUUUGUCUCUCUUCUUUUGGUGGGUCUAUUUUUUUAGUUAUUUGUUCUUUAUCUUCUUAGAAGAGCGUGGGUGGGUUUCGUGAUCCUGGUUCUUGGGGAUUCGUUGACAGAGGUCUUUCUUUUACAAAAGUUCUUUUUUGUGUCUGUGGUAACGGGCUUCUCUCGUUCUUCUUUUCUCACUGCGAGACUUUUCUUGGGCGGCGAGGUUCUUGCUUUAAGUUAUUAUUUUUUUAAGUAUUUUUCUUUUUGGGAUUCUGUACCGGUGAGCUGUGUUUUAUCGUUUUUGGGUUGGUGGGUCUUGGGGUUUUUCUGUUUGCCUCACUGUUCAUGAGCUGUUGAUUUCUCUGGUCGUUGGAGCUGCUUCAAGUUCCACGAACAUGGGUUUUGAUGAUGAAAGCAAAGAGGGUAACGAGGAGAAAGGACUCCCAGCCGCAGAAGAAACAACACCUGAAGCUCAAGAGGAUGGUAAUGAAGCAGGUGAUAAGCCCCACAGAGAGAUGCGUGAGGCUCCUGCUUAUGCAAGUGAGGAAGAAGAAGAUGAUGAAGGAGCAAAGAUAAACUUGGGUCCUCAGCGCUCACUCAAAGAACACUUUGAGAAGGACAAGGAAGACGAGAGCCUGCGGAGGUGGAAGGAACAGCUCCUUGGUGGUGUAGAUAUGGAUUCUGUUGGAGUAGAAAGUCUGGAACCAGAUGUUAAGAUCCUGAGUCUUACAAUCCUUUCCCCGGAUAGACCUGACCUUGUUCUUCCUAUUCCUGAGACUGGAAAUCCCAAGGGCUUAUGGUUUUCUUUGAAAGAAGGCAGCCAUUACAGCCUAAAGUUUUCCUUCAAAGUCAGCAACAACAUUGUUUCUGGCCUAAGAUACUCAAAUACAGUUUGGAAAACUGGUGUCAAGGUUGACAGCACAAAAGAGAUGCUUGGAACGUUUGGUCCUCAGCAAGAGAUUUACACACAUGAGUUGCCAGAAGAGACCACCCCUUCUGGAAUAUUUGCUAGAGGAUCAUAUUCAGCAAGAACAAAAUUUGUUGAUGAUGACAACAAAUGCUACUUGGAGAUAAAUUAUACCUUCGACAUCAAGAAAGACUGGCCAUCAACUUAAAGAGCAUUUGUUCAUCUCGUGCAGAGAUUUGUCCUCACUCAAUUACAUUCUAAUUGAAAAUGAGGAAAUGGAAAAAAAUGAACCAGAUAUUCCUCUUACUCGUAUCUCACUUCCCCUGUCACAAUUGUCUGAACAAGAUGCAUACCUGAAACUGGUGUAAGAACAAUGAAGCAGAAGAGGGAAAAUAACUCCAGAAUUCCAUUUGGUGGAUUCUUGAAUAAGAGAGAGUUUAGGUUGUCAAAGAGAUGUUUUUUUUUUUUUCUUUUCUUUCCUGCUUGUCUGGAAACCAGAGCGGGUAUAAAUCUUCAUUUAUAUGGUAUGAGCAUUUAACAAUUUGUAUAGGGAUUGUCAGAAAUUUGAAGCAUUGUAGUUUGUAAUUGUAUUGUAUUCUUUAGCACCGAUACGUGUGGCAUAUGACUAGAAUUGUAAAGCUAGUUAGAGCUAGCUGAGACAUACUUUCUUUUAAUCUCUUUGUUGUGUUCUUUUUCUAAA